CAAUUCAUUGCAACCGCGUCCCUGUCCUUUUGCCGUCCCAUCGAUUUAUGCCAGUCACAGGUUGGUCACAUUCACCGGCCCUUCGCCUAACGACCACUUUCAAACCUCCAUCAUACUUGUGACUCGUGGUGCGGCUCCUUCGCCUACCUAUAUUUAUUCUCUUAUCACCGAGCCCCUGUCCGCAAACCCGAUUAGUACAUUCUAUUGUCGCGACAUCACGCAAAAUGGCCGACAACUCUCUCGACCGCAGCCUUGACGAGAUCCUCGCCGAGCGCAAGCCAAAUGGCCGGGGCUCAGGCUCUCGUGGUAGAGGCAAUCGGGACAAUGGCGCCGCCAACCGCCAGCGACGCGACAGGAAUGAUUACCCGCGCGAUGGCGUUAGAAAGUCCUUCAGAGAUGAUGCACCAAGAAACCUCGACUCCGAAUGGGUUCACGACAAGUUUGAAGAGAAUGACCACCGCCGUGCCCCUAGAAGAAGAAACUCUCCAGAACCCUUCAGCGAUGCCAGGGGAUCCAAGAUCCGCGUUGACAACAUUCACUACGAGUUGACCCAAGAGGACCUCGAAGGACUCUUCUCGCGAAUUGGACCCCUCGUCAAGCUCGACAUGAAGUACGAUCGCGCUGGUCGCUCGGAAGGAACUGCGUUCGUAACCUACGAGUCUCCUCAGGAUGCCAGUCGGGCUAUUCGCGAGUAUGACGGAGCCAACGCUGCCGGCCAGCCUAUCCGCCUCACUCUCAUGCCCAGCGGUCCCCGCCGCAACCCAUUUGAAACUGCUAUUAACCCUCGUCCUCUUGCCGAGCGUAUCACUGUCCCCGGUGGCCGUUCCCGCUCAAUCUCACCCUCGCGCCGCGACCGUGACUUGGAUGAGGAAGCGGCCCGCAAAGGAAUUGAUAGAUACCGCCCUGGUGGUUCCAGUCGUGGUCGCUCGCGCAGCCCACUUCCUCGCCGUGAGGGUGGUCGUGAGAGUGGUCGUCGUCCAGGCGCCCGCAGGGAAGGUGGACGUGGUGGACGUGGUGGAAGAGGUGGGGAGAAGCCUCAGGGUGAGCGCACUCGUAACGGACGGCCCAAGAAGACCCAGGAAGAAUUGGAUGCGGAGAUGGAGGACUAUUUUGGCGGCGGUGGUGCGAAUCAAGAGAACAACGCUGCCCCCGCGGCCGAAGCCUCCAAUGGGGCUGUUGCGAGCGGUCCUGCCGAAGAUGACAUCGAUAUGGGUAUUGAGUGAAAAGCAGAAGGGGUUGGCGGCUGAGGUAUUGAGCAGCGCAAGAGGUGGUGAUGCUUUCGAGAUUGGGAUAUGGGUUUGCGGGAGUUUGAUCCAGCCCUUGUUUAGACGGGUACGGGUCUUCUCUACUCUCUUUUCCUUUGGUGCGUAUUCAUAGCAUACAUCGAUCUUUCUCUAGCGCACAUAAUUUGGACAGCCUAGAAAUACUUGU